AUGUCAGUCUGGUGUGUAGUGGUGGUGUACCUCGGAAUGAAAUUGUAAUAGACGUAAUCGAAAGUUUGUCUGUCGUGAGUUAUUGCUGUAAAUUAACAGAAUGCUGGUGCGUGACAGGAUUUUUCGUGUUCUGAUAUUUCUAAAAUUGUGUUGUUUAGUAUGUUGCUAUAAAUCGGACAUUAUGAUCACUGAUGAGGGUAUUGUUACGCGCGAUCAAAAUUCAAUAUUGAAAGUUAAUAGAAGCAAUGGAAUUUCACGAAAUGUGGAUAAUUUGCUGAACGAGUGUGAAGACUACUGGGUUUGCUUUACAUAUAGAAUGUUAAAUAAUAUAAGCGAUAUAAUGAAGACAAAUAAUUUUCAUUUGACAGAAAGUAUUUCCUUAAAUCGUAUACCGGUACACAGAAACAAAAUGGAGAAUGAAAUUAUGUCUGUUUACGACGAACAGAAAAAGUUAAUAGCAAGUGCAGGUAAAGGCUAUGGACAGCUGACGGCGGCCCUUAUAAACAGUACACUAAAACUUUUUAGAACACAUUUUUUAACGUGGAACGUACUACCUGGAGUGAGUCUUAGGGUUUACCGAAACCUGGAACAUGAUGGUGCUUGGGACGCUGCAGUGGAACUUCAAGAAAGCAAACAAGGAAGUCGGACGUUCGGAGCACGACGUAGGAUUAUGAUGGCUCUACUGCCCAUGAUGUACAAGAUGGGAGUUAUGACAACAAUGCUUGGUGGCCUCAUAAUUCUGGCACUUAAGGGCCUCACAAUUGGUGUCAUUCUACUCCUGCUUGGAUUUGGAAACUUCUUCCAUAAAUUUAAGAGUCAGGGACCUCCUUGGUAUCCUCAUCACCCAACCGAUAUCCAUGUUCAUGUCCAUACAGAUGGACAUAAACAAGCAUAUAGUGGCUGGCACUAUGGCCCUGUGUCAGCAGAUCAUUCAGAAGUGUACGGAGAAUAACUUUCUUAUGUCGAAAAGUGAUGCCAUGUGAGCGACUUUAAACAAAGUUUGAAAAAAAAAAUAUUAGUGUCUCGUGGAGGACUCAGGUUUUUCCUAGGAAAGAAACAUAUGCAUUAUCAGUUGACAAAUAUCAAGUAAGUCACAUGUACUUAUCAUAAAUGGACGCCUUGAUACUGAUGUAUUCAUGUACAUUUUAUCAAUCUUAUGAGUGUUUGAUGUUUGACAUUUGUUUGAUGAUCGUGGAUUUUGUUUAAAAUGUAUUACAUUUGCAAUUUGAAUAUAAUUAAAUGUGACUGUAUGUAUGUGACUUUCAGCAUUUUACCUGUGGGUUUCAAGAGACAGGUUUUGUUGAAAAACAUUUAUCCAGCAUUCAUUUACUAUCCACCUCAUAUUUGGUUGUCUUUCAGAGGUAAAUCUGUUUCUGAGGCAGUUGUUCAUACUAAUAAGGGGAGAAGUGCACUAUUUGUUUCAGCCAGGAACUUAACUCUGAAACUGCUAAGAGGAGCAUCUGUUGAAUGAACUGAGUAACAAAAAUAGUAUCCAAUAAAGAAAAAACAUCUUUAAAAAGUCCUCAGAUACAUUGUCACUGUAGUUCUCUAUGGUAUUUCAUUUGUAUAUUUAUAUACACAUUGCAGUUAAUGUGACAACCAGUAGUUUUGUGUGUAUGUACAUGUAAUUUAGAUGUUGCUUUGCAUGGUGCUGUAACUGGGAUUGUUGCAUUCAUCUUGUGCACACAAGAAACUGGUGUUGCUCUCAUACUGUAAACUACUUAAUAAGAGUGUCACAACUAAUUUUAUUUAAAUGUACUGUUCAUUUCUGAUAAGUUGUCUGUACUAGUCAUACUUGUAAGUAUAAAGAGCUUCAACAUAGAAUCAGCUUUGUGGUGCUGCAGAUGUGAUUUUUAUAUAUAUCCCUGUUCUCACUUCACAUGUAAUGAAGCUCUAGGUGUCUUGUUAUCAUCAAAUGAAGACUUUGGUACAUAAUUCUAUUAUGCAUUGUAUUACAGUUAUGAACUGUGAUUCGGAUUUACAUAAUAAUGUAAAUAAGUUAUCUAUUUAUUUAUUUAUUUACGCAAUUAAUUUUCAAGUGCAAACUCUUAUACAAAGGGAAAAACACUAUUGAGGAACGCCUACAUGUUCAAGUUUUUGAACAAGAUUUAUUUUUCCUUUUGUUUAUGAAGUUUUAAGAAGUUUCAGGCUUUAAUGAAUGUGCUGUGAAACAGCAUUUCUUUGCAGAUUUUAAACCAGAAUUAUGCAGAUGAACAAUGUAACAAUAAUACAGGCCAACAAAAAUACUUUCAUUACUUUUUGUGGGUGUUGGACACUUAAUCCCUAUCCUUAGUACUUUUAUUUAUUUAUUUAUUUAUUUAUUUAUCUUUUUUCCAGUCACUUCCUGUUUAUCACAAUAUGAUUUCAUUAUAAACUAGAACAUUAGUAAGACAUAUAUAACUGGAAUGAGAAGUAACUUAAUUUUUAAAUAUGAACCAAGACUGAAGUCUAAAUAAAUACAGCCUAAGUGGGGAAAUGUUACUUUCACAUCUUUAUUAGAUACAAAUGUUGUGUCCAUUGGAUUAUAUUUACUUCCUCUCUUCUCGUUAAAGCAUCUGAUACAGCAUUUUCUCUGGUGAAUUAGCCAUUGUACAGCUCUGUGAAGUGAAAAUCAGUAGUCUCCUGCAUUACUGGUAUUGCUGAGUCUCUGAUGCCAUCAUUCUGUAACUUCGAAAUUUUAAUGAAAGCGCUCCCUUUGUUUCUCACUGAUACCACACAAAUUAAUAGAUGACUGCUCAAAAAGAGAAUCUUGAUGAUUGUCAAACAGCUUAACUUUUUAAACUUUUCCACCAUGUUGGCUACAACUGAAAGAUAGUGUGGAUCCUGUUUGUUGCUUAAGCUCUUAGUAAAAAUCUCCUUGAAUGAUACUCCAACAUCUUUUUUUGAAUAUGUGGUCCAACAAACACACAUUCUUCCAAUUUAGCUUUGGAUAGAUGAAGAGGUGCCUUCCAAUCUUUGGGUAUGGCUUUCACAAACUGUUUCAUUAAACACAAACUUAAGGUAUAGAGGUAGAAAUAAGAUUUUUUGCGUCCAUGAGGUUCUCACAGAAAAAAUUAAUGAAGAGCCAAAGAGCUUUUCGUAGUAGUUACAGUAUAUAUUAACAUGUGUAACGACUACCGCUGAAAUUUCAACUUCCAGUUAUUUCUAAUUGAAAUGGUAUAUGAAGUAAAUAUAUCAUUAAAAUUGAUAAAAUGCAUGUUCUAGUAAUGAGUGUUAAGUGUAAAAACCAAAUGAUGGGUGAGAUGCCUUUUUUCGUAUUAUACUAGAAUUCAACUCAGUAAAAGCCUUGAGAAUAAGCAACUUUUUUAUAUAAUUUUUUUUUAUUUGUAGGCCUGUG